CCUCCGGGCUAGGUUGAGUGGGGCUCUUGGGUUAGUUCCUGUUAGGCCCCGGCCCAGGGAGUAGGUGAAGUCUCUAAGAUGCCCGGUGGGUCAGGGCACCCGGAGCUGUGAGGGAACGUGAGGCGGCGGCGAGCGGAGACCCGCGGCGGGCCUUAGGAGGAGCGGCGGCCGAGCCCGCCUUCCCUGCACCAUGCUCAUAGAGGAUGUGGAUGCCCUCAAGUCCUGGCUGGCCAAGUUACUGGAGCCGAUAUGUGAUGCUGACCCUUCAGCCCUAGCCAACUAUGUUGUAGCACUGGUCAAGAAGGACAAACCUGAGAAGGAAUUGAAAGCCUUUUGUGCUGAUCAACUUGAUGUCUUUUUACAAAAAGAGACUUCAGGUUUUGUGGACAAGCUCUUUGAAAGUCUUUAUACUAAAAACUACCUUCCACCAUUGGAACCAGUUAAACCUGAGCCAAAACCACUAGUUCAAGAAAAAGAAGAAAUUAAAGAAGAGGUAUUUCAAGAGCCAGCAGAAGAAGAGCGAGAUGGUCGAAAGAAGAAAUAUCCUAGUCCCCAAAAGAGUCGUUCAGAAUCCAGUGAACGAAGGACACGUGAGAAGAAAAGAGAAGAUGGCAAGUGGAGAGAUUAUGAGCGGUACUACGAGCGGAACGAGCUGUACCGUGAGAAGUAUGACUGGCGAAGGGGCAGGAGCAAGAGCCGGAGUAAGAGCCGAGGCUUGAGUCGGAGUAGGAGCCGAAGCAGGGGCCGCAGCAAAGACCGAGAUCCAAACAGGAACGCCGAGCACAGGGAAAGAUCAAAGUUUAAGAGUGAAAGAAACGACCUGGAGAGCUCCUAUGUGCCCGUGUCUGCUCCACCUCCAAACUCUUGUGAGCAGUACUCCUCUGGGGCACAGUCUAUUCCCAGCACUGUCACUGUGAUUGCACCUGCUCACCAUUCUGAAAACACCACCGAGAGCUGGUCUAAUUACUAUAACAAUCAUAGCUCUUCCAACUCUUUUGGUCGAAAUCCACCACCAAAGAGGCGCUGCAGAGAUUAUGAUGAAAGAGGAUUUUGUGUACUUGGUGACCUUUGUCAGUUUGAUCAUGGAAAUGAUCCUCUAGUUGUUGAUGAAGUUGCUCUGCCAAGUAUGAUUCCUUUCCCACCCCCUCCUCCUGGGCUUCCUCCUCCACCACCUCCCGGAAUGUUAAUGCCUCCAAUGCCAGGCCCAGGCCCAGGCCCUGGUCCUGGCCCUGGUCCUGGUCCCGGCCCAGGCCCAGGCCCUGGCCAUAGUAUGAGACUUCCUGUUCCUCAAGGACAUGGUCAGCCUCCACCUUCUGUUGUGCUUCCCAUACCAAGACCUCCCAUUUCACAGUCAAGCUUAAUAAACAGCCGUGACCAGCCUGGGACAAGUGCAGUGCCCAAUCUUGCACCAGUGGGAGCAAGACUACCUCCUCCUUUACCCCAGAACCUCCUUUAUACAGUGUCAGAAAGACAGCCCAUGUAUUCUCGUGAACAUGGUGCUGCUGCAUCUGAGCGACUUCAGUUGGGGACACCGCCUCCUCUGUUGGCAGCUCGUUUGGUGCCACCUCGAAACCUCAUGGGAUCCUCCAUUGGGUAUCAUACCUCAGUCUCCAGCCCCACCCCUCUGGUCCCAGAUACAUAUGAACCAGAUGGUUAUAACCCUGAAGCUCCUAGUAUCACCAGUUCCGGCAGAUCACAGUACAGACAGUUCUUUUCAAGAGCACAGACACAGCGCCCCAACCUGAUUGGCCUCACAUCUGGAGAUAUGGAUGCAAAUCCAAGAGCUGCUAAUAUUGUCAUCCAGACCGAACCACCAGUUCCUGUUUCAAUUAAUAGCAACAUCACCAGAGUAGUCCUGGAACCAGAGAGCCGAAAGAGAGCUAUUAGUGGUUUGGAAGGGCCACUUACAAAGAAGCCUUGGCUGGGAAAGCAAGGGAACAACAAUCAAAGUAAACCAGGGUUCUUGCGGAAGAAUCAGUAUACAAACACAAAAUUAGAAGUGAAAAAGAUCCCCCAGGAAUUGAACAACAUUACCAAGCUCAACGAACACUUCAGCAAAUUUGGAACCAUAGUUAAUAUCCAGGUUGCUUUUAAGGGUGAUCCAGAAGCAGCACUCAUCCAAUACCUUACCAAUGAGGAGGCUAGGAAAGCCAUUUCUAGCACAGAAGCAGUUUUGAACAAUCGGUUCAUUCGAGUCCUGUGGCAUAGAGAGAACAAUGAGCAACCAGCACUCCAGUCCCCAGCACAGCUCCUCCUGCAACAGCAGCACACCCUGAGUCACCUUUCACAGCAGCACCAUAGCCUACCACAGCAUCUUCAUCCGCAGCAGGUGAUGGUAACCCAGUCUUCCCCCGCAUCGGUCCAUGGAGGUAUCCAGAAGAUGAUGGGUAAACCACAGACCUCUGGUGCCUACGUUCUUAACAAAGUUCCUGUUAAACACCGUCUUGGACAUGCAAGUACUAACCAGAGUGAUACACCUCACUUGCUAAAUCAGUCUGGUGGUUCUGGAGAGGAUUGCCCGGUAUUUUCUACUCCAGGUCAUCCAAAACCAAUUUACAGCUCCUCAAACUUAAAGGCACCUUCAAAACUUUGUUCAGGGUCUAAAUCUCAUGAUGUUCAAGAAGUUCUUAAGAAGAAACAGGAAGCAAUGAAGUUACAGCAAGACAUGAGGAAAAAGAGGCAAGAAAUGUUGGAAAAGCAAAUAGAAUGCCAAAAGAUGCUAAUUUCCAAGCUAGAAAAAAACAAAAACAUGAAGCCAGAAGAAAGAGCAAAUAUAAUGAAGACCUUGAAAGAACUCGGAGAGAAGAUCUCACAACUGAAAGAUGAAUUAAAAACGUCUUCUGCAGUCUCCACACCAUCCAAAGUAAAGACAAAGACGGAGGCCCAGAAGGAGCUACUAGACACUGAACUGGACCUCCACAAGAGGCUCUCUUCAGGGGAAGACACAACAGAAUUACGCAAAAAGCUCAGUCAGUUACAAGUUGAGGCUGCAAGAUUAGGUAUUUUACCUGUGGGGCGAGGAAAGGCUAUGUCCUCUCAAGGUCGAGGAAGAGGACGAGGUCGAGGAAGAGGGAGGGGCUCACUAAAUCACAUGGUGGUGGACCACCGCCCCAAAGCACUCACAGUUGGAGGAUUCAUUGAGGAGGAAAAGGACGAAUUGCUUCAGCAUUUCUCAGCUGCAAACCAAGGGUCAAAAUUCAAAGACCGUCGGCUACAGAUAUCAUGGCACAAGCCCAAGGUACCAUCUAUAUCUACUGAGACUGAGGAAGAAGAAGUCAAAGAAGAGGAAACAGAAACCUCAGAUUUGUUUUUGCAUGAUGAUGAUGAUGAAGACGAAGAUGAAUAUGAGUCUCGUUCGUGGCGAAGAUGAAAUUUGAUGCGAGCUGUGUAAUUUUUAGAAAUAUUGUUUAGAAGAACAACUUUUUAAAAUUAUUUAAAGAAGUCAAUGAGCCAAAAAUUUUUUUUAUUUUUCUCUUCAACACAGUAGGUUUAAGGACAGCAAGUUGCUAUUCCAACACAUCUCAUAAUUGUCUGAGAUAUCAGAUCACCAAAGGCCAUGACUUUGUGCAGUUGUGAAGAUCCGCAGGAGUGACCGGAUUCUCUAGAACCUUACUUUCCACACCAUCUGUUUCUGCUCUUGGUGCUGGAUUACAAUGUAAAGACAGGGUGUUCAGAAAGUUUAUUUUGGAUUAUAAAUCUGCUGAUAAAAAUUUCAUUAAAUGUCAAAAUCGCCUGGAAUCUCUUAACUCUUAGCUAUUAUGGAUGGGUCGUCAGACAGUAGAAGAUAUUCCUAAUUUAAAUACCCUUUUCUUUCAAGGAUGAGCUUGGAAGAAAAGUAAAUUUUUUUUUUUUUUUUUACUAUGAAAGAGCCCACUUUACAAUAGUCUUUCGGAGUUUAUGUGCAGCAGUACCUCAGUGAAACUACCAUCUCCGUCACAGAUGCUGCAGAGCGCUGUAGCUGCCUCUGUGGUCCUCUGCCUCUCCUCACACUCGCUCCGGGGCUUCUGCACUCAUCCUUCCUUGCUUUGAUAAGUGGUGAGCAUCGCUUCAGUUGGUCUUCUCUCUCUUUUUUUUUUUUUUUUUAAUAAUUUUCAGUUUGCCUUUUAUCCCUUCAUUCAUUCCCCUUAUUAUUCCUCAUCCCUUUUAAUUAAUAGGCCUAACUUUUUAAAUAAGUGAUUGAGUUGGGCAAUCAAGAAUCAGUCAUCAGAAAAAGGUUUAAACCAGCACCUUUAUAAGUAAGUUACCUUUUGAUAAAAAUAAAGGCAGAAUUUUAGGGGAAAGAGUUACUCGCUUCCCUCCCUUUUUGAAGCUUCAGCGUAGUUCUAGUUACACAAACGGGUUAAAGAUAUCUGAAGUUCUUUUCCUAAAUUGUAACCAUGAUGGAGAGGUGCUGAGGUGGGGGUUAGGAGUCUGCAUAUGCUAGUAAUAAAUGAGAUUCUAACUUGACAUUGAUCAGAUGACCUUAUAUUUUCAUAAUUUUAUAGAUGUUGCUGUCCAUGAACAUACGCAUACUUUAGUAGGCAGUUUCCUUUACUGUGUGCUUUUUUACUGUACACUGUACAGAGUAUCUGUUAGGUAAAAUAUACGUGUAAAUUUAUGUCCUUGUGUUCUGAAUGUUAGAUGGAAAAGCAGAGGAGCAACACUACGCUGUACUGACUACUGGGGAAAUGAAAUGAUUACUGUACAUAGGAUGUCACUUUUUCAAGGAGAUACACAUCUGUGUUUUUAUAAUAUGUGUGGUGUGAAAUUUGAAACUUCCUGUUGGCUGCAGAAGGUUCUUGGUGAUCACUAACUGUGUCAGGGUUUUGUUCCCUGAGGUAAAGACUGUUUCUUAAAAUAGAAAUAGUUCACUCAGAAACCUAAAACCAUUAGGACUCUAGAUUUACAUAGUGACAAGAAGUUAGAUCCCACCUUCUGAUCAUCUUUUUUCUCUUCAUAUUGUCUUGGAAUGACGUGUCAAACAUCAGGAUCCUUUUUAAGUUUGUGUAGUUUUCCCUUUGUAGUGGGACUUCCUCUCCAGGUUAUUUUUUUCUGCUAACACCGGGGCUGAAGUGAGCCCACAAAGAAGGAACACGUUAGAACAGGGAACCUGCAGUAAGCAUCUUGCUCCUUACUUCUCCAUCAUCUCUAAUGAAAUUUUCUUGAUGUCUGUGGCUCAGUCAGUAUAUAUUUGGAAAGAUUCAUUGUGGUGAAUAUUUUGAGUCCUGACCAUUUAAACGUGAUAGAGGGAACAAAGGAUUUAUAUAUUUUUUGUACAAAGUUUUUUCUUAAACUGUAUAAUUUUGUAAAUAAUUUGUUUGGGUUUUUUUUUCUUUUGUGUACUAAAACUACCAGCGUAUAGAUUUCAAUAAGAAUUGUUGUAUUUUUGUAUUUGGAAACUGAAAAUAACAGUAAAUUAGUGAAGCCGUAAGAAAGUCUCCAUAGACUGACAUUCAGCAGAAUGAGAUUCCUUUUCAUAUGAUUUUUUUUUAACCUUAAAAUUGACAUCUUUAUACACUCACUAGAGAGAGUUGAGGAUUUGUUUGGCUUUUUAGUUAUUGGGGGCAGAGGAUGAAAGAGAAAGGUGCUAAUGUGAAGAAUAGAUCAUUUUUCAGUAAGGUUUUUGGUCCUUAGUACAGAACUUGGGUUUUCAGUAUUCCUAAAUAACUAAAAUUCUUUUCCAAUGUGUUUCACUCAAAAAUGAAUUAUAAAAUAGAGAUUAAUUAUACUAAGGUUAGCAUAAAUUAGCUGAAUAUGUGUAUGUGUAUAUCUCUCCCCUUUACCCCCAUCCACCAAUCUCCGACUGUUAGAAUUCCACACCAUGACCUGUUUUCUUGGCAUCUUUGUUUAUAGAGAUAACAUUUAGCAUUUGAGGCAAAUUCUGCUGUUCCUAGUAUGUGCUCCAUGUAGCCAGUGACUAGGUCAGUCAAAUUUACUAGAUUUCUGCCCAAACCUAAAAAGGUAACCCCAAGGAAUACGAAAUUCUUCUCAGUUUCUUCUUGAAGCAUUGGGAAAAUGUCACCAGCUGAGACAUUGGGAAACAGUCCUUUUAUAGUGAAAAAGAUCUGUGGUGAUGGAUGAUUAUUUCAAAAAGAAAAAAAUCAUGUGAAAAGGAAUAGUGUUUCCUCUUGAUGUAUAGUAUGCCUGUAUUAUAGUUUUUACAAGAUUGUGAACUUGUGUAAUAGUAUAUAGGAGAUAUUGUUGGAUUUCUAACUGUUUAUACAUUUAAAUUCAUAUAUGUAAUGUUUGUUUUAUCGAUUACAAUCUGAAUUUCUAAGAAGCAUGUUGACUUUUGCAAUAAAGAUGCAAUAUGGAAUGGUUCACAAUUGGGGGGAAAAAAGAAAAAAAGAUGAAAAUAUUACAAAUUUAAAAGAAUCUGGAAAAUUUAUGAACCAUUCCAAAAAUUAUAACAAUCACUAAAAGAGCUGUAAUUCUGGCUUGUUCUGGAAAGAAAGAAAUGUGAAUGUGAGCUUGCUUGUGAGCCUGAAUGAGUAGUGGAUAUUCGUGAAUGCUUUAUGUACAUGAGAGACUGUUGCUUAAUAUGAAGUUGGAUUCAGAUCCACUGGUUUAAAUAUUGAACGGAAUUAUUCCUUCAGCAAGGUAGUCUGGACCACAGAGGAGCAUGGCAGCAUAUGCCUGGUGUCCCUGCAUGGGAGUCUCACCAGAGAGUCCCAAAGUGAAGUCCUAGUUCAGAAAAAGAGAGAGGGAGGAAGACUGGGAGAAAAAUAUGCCAGUUCAGCUAAUAAGUAACUUUAGAAAAAGAAAGAAAGAUUGACUGAUUUUAUUUUAUGUGUGUGGGUGUUCUGUCUGUAAGUAUGUCUGUAUACCACAUGUGUUUAUUACCUACAGAGGUCAGCAGGGGGUGUCGGAGCCCCUGGAACUGGAGGAUAAUUGUUAGCUGCCAUGGUGGGUGCUGAGGGUCCUCUGGAAGUACUACUGUACCAUCUCUCCAGCUCCCUGAUUAACCUUUCAUAAUCAUGUUUUUGGGUUGUGAAUAAGUUUAUAUCUUGAAACAAAACACAAGCAAUUUAACAAAGACAUUUAUUUUAGUACUAAAGACGUUCAAUAUGCCUACCAACAGUAGGAAGGAUAUUUAGACUAGGAGAAAGAAAAGGGCCCUUCAGAGAAGAUGGAUCACAGACGUAUCAGGGAGCACCAGGAUUCCAUGGUGAGAAAGAGUACAGGAAGUAUGUUACUUGGACACCUAUUAAUUUGUAAGUUGAUAUUAUAAAAUACCCCUCCAAGUGACUAUGCCUUCUCUAAGAAUGUUUUUUUUUCUUCAAGAAAAUACUGAAAAAUGGUCCAUUCUAUUCUCACCCUUUUCAGAAAAUUAGAAGAAUGUCUAUAUAAUUUGACUGGCAAAGGAGGUGCCUGUUAACAUUUGUUUUGAUUAGAUCAUAGAUGAUCCCAUGCGUAUGUGUCCAAAUUGUAUGUGUCCAAAAGGAACACCGUUUUUUGCUAAAGUGGAGCUCUGGUUAGCAAAAAUUACUGGUUUUAUUGAUGUUUUUUGUUGUUUAUUCCUGAUUCUGAUGUAAAUUAUACUAAGGCAAAAAAAAAAAAAAAAAAAAAAAAAAAAAGGAUCAGUUUUAGGUUAUGAGCCCCAGAUAAGACCUAGUCAGAAUUUAGUUAUAGUAGACAUGAUCCUGGAGUGUGUGUCCAGGUUGGUUUACAGUAGAGCACAUUGGAUCACAUUAAUUUCAGGGCAGACCUGCACAUUUUAUAUUUUCUAACUUUAGGAGCUAACCAUCAUUGGCUCAGACUAACACUGCUAUUAUAUGUGUUAAAAAUCACUUUCACCUCUGAUAAAUUGAUAUAACUAAGAGUUGGUGUUUCAAAGGAUCAUCUGCCAUGUGGCCUCUUACCUGCUUACCUGCCUUGGGUUAACCAAACCUUCCCAGCAGUCUGAGACAGGUGACUUGAUACAGUCACAGUUAAGGUCAAAAUAGUGUUUAUUUUUAAGAUUUUUUUUUUGUCAUGGAAGUUGUUUGGUAGUCUAAGAUAAACGUGUAAAACGUUGCUUUUAUGUUUAUGUCAGAUUCUGUGUGGGUGUUUUUUACUCAAAAAAAAUUUUUUUUUUUUUUAGCAAUUUUAGCUUUGCUAAUAUCUCAUAAAACAUUGUGACUUCUUCAUUCACCCCCAGACCGCUGCUGAGAGAUGCCGAUAACAUUUCAGUUAAAUAAUAGCAAGGACUAAUCUGGACCUUGCCAUAUUAGUUUGUUCCUCAAGGAGGAAUGAGGCUGCUCAUAGGCUGUUUUUAGUUCGUAGGCUACAUGCUGUCCAUCUGUAAACGUGUAUCUGAGUAAAGUUAGAUUUCAGUCUCUGAACUACCACCUCCCCUCCAACUAGAGUUACUUGCCGUGGGAUUUGGUUAUUAGAACCUGCAGGGGGCUCCAAAGGGCAAAACUUAGGUGUGAAACAGUGGCGGCCUUCACAGCAACCCAGACCUGUGUUCUCCAAUGUGAGCUUCUCUUAGUGCACAUCAAACAGAAGUUCACAAGUACUUACUGUGCAGAGCGCACAUGCUUCUAUAUUAGACAAAACUUUAUGUCUGAACUCCCCUUGGGCUCUCCAGUGGUAGUUUGGAAAACGAGUGUAUUGGGUUACAGGAUGAACUGCAUCUCUAAAUACCUUCUCACUGUGACACCAUCAGUACCAUUUUAAAUACUACAUGAUGUAUUUUUUUCGCUUGGAAAAAAAUUCUAGGGUCCAGAGCUGACCUUCAGCCUAAAAGGUGAAAGGGGUCGGUUGCAUAAGCUUCUUGGUGCUGUCACCUGAAAGGUAUUUUUUAAUCCUGGGCUUUAAAAGCAGGCUCUUCUGUGAGCCAAAACAAACCUGCCCCCCUCACCCCGCAAAAGCACCUUGUAAGGACCUCUGGGCCAUUACUGUCCUUCUGUUUGCACCCUUCUCUUGAGAUGCAUUACAGUCCACUGGACUUGGCACUGCUGCUUAGGUAGUUGAAGUCACUGCAGGAGUUAUUUACAUAUAUCAUAUGUAUAUGUAUGUGCAUAUGAGAGCUGCUCGACACGACUGUGUGUUUAAAUAUGAUAAAUAAAUUAUUUUUCUUUGGAUUUAAUUUCGUACUUAAUUUAGAGUUUAUCUUAGCCGUCAACGAGUUUUUAUAUUUGUGAUAAAAUUAUACACAUUCUGACAUUGUGCAGUGGGAUUCUACUUCAAACAGUUGCUUUUAAGUAUAAGAAUUACAAUAGAUAAACCGAUAUAUUAAAAAUAAUCAUUCAUUUUUCCCCCUCUCUUUUUAACAUCUGAGUAUUUACUCUUUGUUUCUCACUUGAAUUCUUUUUUGCCUAUUAAAACUUAAUUUUUCCCAUUAAUUAUCCGGUAAUACUGUUCAGAAUCAUGAGAGGAGGUGACAUUUCAGUUCAUGCACAGAGUAUACUCGGUGAAUGGGGUCCAUUGGGUCUGUGUGGUAGACUCAGCACUAAUGGUAUUGCAAGCUUCUUGCACAACUCUUGUUUAUAAACCUCUUGUCCAUGUGCCAGUCAUACUCCGUAGGCAAUCAGGUCACACUUCCUUAUGCUGCCAUGGUACCGUGGCAAUAUUUUUUGCUACUUUAAAACUUUUUGGAGCUGGGUGGCAGUGGUGCAUGCCUCUAAUCCCAGCACUUGGGAGGCAGAGCCCGGCGGAUCUCUGAGUUUGAGGCCAGCCUGGUCUACAGAGCGAGAUCUAGGACAGGCACCAAAACUACACAGAGAAACCCUGUCUCGAAAAUUUUUUGGAUGACUAGUUUUGAAUGCAGACUGUGACUCAGGGCAGAGCAGUUGCCUGCUUUCUAUGCCCACAACUGUUGGGGAAGAAACGAAACGCUUAUGUCCUUGCUUUUAGUCUUGAAAAUUCAGUUUGGGAAAGGGAUAAGAGGCUUCCCCAAGGCCACACACCCCGGAGUACAGGGACCAGGAUUUGAACACAGGUCUGUCUCCAGAGCUCAUGUCCUUGACUUUUGCACUCUGCUGCUUCCAAUACAGUGGGAUGCUGCAAGUCUGUGGGAUGUCACUGAUCUUUAUUACUGUCAAAUACUGUCAUCUUACCUCCCGUCUCAUAUGCCUCAGACUGGAACCAAGCUUCCCCAGGGGACACCACCAUACUUUUAGAUAGCGUAUUUGGAACCAGGGAAAGCAGUGUUUAUUCAUGCUAAUUUGUGGAGAAACAGUUUAAAGUAAUCAGUUUCUGUGACCUUUGCAGUGUACAGCCAGCCAAUUUGAUACAUUUUACAAUAAUUUGGCUAUAUCAUAACCUGUUUAUUUUAUUUCCAAUCUUAUCUUAAUAUUUUUCCUGUGGCAAACUGAGUUAUGAUAAUCUCACAGUAUUUCUCUAUUGCUUCUCUGUGUUUUUCAAUAUUUCUGGUGCCUUCGUUUAACCUUGGCAUUUAGAAAAUCAUGUUGCGCAUAAAUGAGUUGACAUGCUUUAUUGUUGUUUUCAUAUAGUAUACUGAAUUUUCUGGACAGAAAGUGCUGAGAAUAGCAGUGUUCAUUUGUAGUUAUGUUUAUACCUUUUUUUUUUUUUAAAGAACAAUCUUACUGAAUUAAAAGCAAUAGUCACAUCGUG